AUGCCUCCCCUCCGGCCCCUCAACCUUAACCUCCGCCUCCUUUCCAACAAACCCCUCCACCGCCUCUCAUCAACCUUCACCUCCCGCCCAGCACCCCCCAAACUGCCCGCCGCCCAACAAGCCGAAUUCGAGCGCCUCCAACGCGCCGCCGCAGUCUCCUCCGCCUUCCAAGACAUCCAGGCGCAGACGCAAACCCCUCCCUCGACAGAAUCCCCGCGCCACGCAACAAACGUCGCUGCUGCCAGCAGCAAGAACAACAGCAGCGACGGCGAAAGCUCGCUGAACCAGGGCCUGUUCCGCGGCGCGCCGCCCGAGUUUGAGGGCGACACGAAUCCCAAGACGGGCGAGGUUGGGGGGCCCAAGAAUGAGCCUUUGCGGUGGGGUGGGGAUGGUGACUGGAGCUAUAAUGGGAGAGUGACUGAUUUCUAA